AUGGGCGAGUACUUCACACUCAAGGAUUUGGAAAUCACCAAGAAGCGUCUUGCACAGUUGAAAGGUCAGCAGACGAUCUAUGAACAGAUCGGCACUUGGGAGAAACGACAUGAGAUGUCGGGUGAUCGCAUGCUAGCGGUUAUUGCAGAGGCAGAGCGCAGAAGAGCAGAAGGCACUACUGAGAGUAGGCUCAAGGACGUUCUACAUCAAAGCAUGAGAGACGCCGCCUCAGACGAGAGACGGAACCAGCGUUACGAGACUCCAGAUUCGGAAGCAGGGGCCGUCAUUAUUGAGGAUGACCGCGACGAUGUUGACAGCGUGGACGAUGUGUUGGAGGACUGCGAUGGCAUGGUUCCUGUGGAAUACCUUCCCGGGUUCCGAGCUGGUCAGCAUGAGAACGACCAAAAAAGCUCCGAGAAAGACGAACAGUAUCUCAAGCCUUUUGGAUUGAGUGACUUUGGUUCGUACUUCGACAUGGACAGACAGCUGGACUACUUGGCCAGGCUGGAGGCUCUUGAGAUUGCCAAAUGCAUCGUUUGCAACAGAAUGCCAGUCAAUGCAGUACAGGGAAAAGGAAAGUGCGAACACAUUUUCUGCUCCAGAAACUGCUUGUACCCCAAAUGCCGCAAGAUAUUCGGUGAGCCGGUAAGACUUCAGGGAUAUGAAGGAGAAGACUCCGAUGGCGAUUCAGAUGUCGAAGCCCAUUCUCCAGGCAAACGAAAGGGCCGCAAAGAGAAGGAGUAUAUGAAGGGGUUCGACUACGGAGGGUUCCAGCCUUACGAGGAUGACAAGGAAGGCAAGAAGCCACUGCGAUUUCUGCAGAUCAGCGACAGAAAAUACGACACACCGGUCACCCCAAGUGCAAAGACAGUAGCACUAAAGGAAACCAUCCUGAGGUGGCAGCUUGAAGCACCGGAUGAGAAAAUCAUCAUUUUCAGUCAAUUCAAUGUAUGCAUGAAGGUCGUUGCCCGCAUGCUCGAAGCCGAAGCAAUUGAUUUCGCCUAUCUGAGUGGCUCCAUGACAACUGAACAGCGCAAGAAGGCUGUCGAGGAGUUUGAAAAGGGCACAACCGUUAAGGUUCUUAUCGCGUCGCUGCGUGCCGGAGGUACGGCCCUGAACCUGACCCGGGGCAACCGAGUUGUGCUCAUGGAGCUCUGGUGGAAUCACGCUGUCGAGCAGCAAGCUUUUGCUCGUGUCUUCCGCAUGGGCCAGACCAAGGAGACUCACUUUCUGCGAUUUAUUGUCAACACGGACAUAGAGCAGCGCAUGCUCGGUAUGCAGGUUGACAAAAUUCUGGCCAUCGAUGCAGCCUUGCAGGACGGCGGACCCAGAGCACCUAAACUUUCUGUCGAAGACAUUGCGUCUCUCUUGGGCAAGGUCGUCAGAGACGAUACCGGCAAGAUGAUCCGUGUUGUUGCGGACUACUCAGAUGAAGAAGAAGAUGACGAGGAUGACAAUGAGCCUCACAGUGCAACUGCGGCGGUCGCUCGGUUAGACGAGGAACCGGGUCUCCCUGGCUUUGUUGUCCCUGAUGACGAGCUCGAGUACGAAGAUGCCGAGGAGUAG